CGAGCCGAGAGUGUACGGCCGACACCAGUCGAGAAACCAGCUGGGACUGGGGGGCUGACGACUGGAGCGCCUCUAUACAGUAUUCGGGACGAAUUCGUGCGACUCCGAAUCGAGGCAGCCAGUGUAUCGCAAGUGCGCUCACUUGGAAGACCCGUGUUGCUCCGGGAAUCCCGAAAUCUGCUCGAGUGGUAGACGUGCGCGGUUAUUUAUCUCUUAUCGAACGGGGAUCAAGUGCAUUCGUGGCGGUGUCAAGUGCCGCGCAAGAAAUCAUGAUUUCUGCACGCUGAAAAACGAUCGUCGCAUCGAGCUCGAGUGUCCGGGGACCCGAAGGUGUACACGCGGCAGUUUCGUUUUUUCGUUUUGUUGCUUUUCAACGCUCGAUCGGCAAACAUGUAUUCGGACGGUCACGAGGUGGACGGUAGUUGGGUGUUGCGUGUCUACGUGACGGAUCUUCAGGUAGAGAGGAGCUUGCGAGUAAAAGGAGAAUUGCACAUCGGCGGUGUCAUGCUACGACUGGUCGAGGAUCUCGACAUCGCCAUGGACUGGUCAGACCACGCGUUAUGGUGGCCCGAGAGGAAUCACUGGCUCACCAGAACGAGGAGCACUCUCGAUCAGUACGGCGUGGCCGCGGAUGCUCUUCUUCACUUCACGCCAAUGCACAAAACCCUGAGGGUACAGCUGCCGGAUAUGCGUUGUCUCGACUGCAAGGUCGACUUCUCCGUGAAAACGUUCAACGCCGUGAUCAAUCUCUGCAAAGAAGUAGGUAUCAGACAUCCUGAGGAGCUGUCGUUCUGCAAGCCCCUCGAGCCAAACCACCUGAAAUACAAUUUGAAGGAUCUGCCCGCGAAGAAGAAGAUCGAACACCAGAAAAAUGGCCACUGGAACGUGCCGGCGGACACGAAUACCUUCAUUCCGGUCAGCCAGAGUCCCAGGGGAUCGACGGGUAGCUUGGACCAAAGUAGCCCUUUCAUGUGCGCUCCAGUCACACCCAAUAACAGAAAUCACAGCACUCCGAUCAGUUCUCCAGUCUCGCAAACCGGUACGUGGAAGAGGAACAACAAUUCGUCUGGUUUUGGUAGCACAGGCUCGUUCAACGCGAACAACAGCACCAUGAGUCUGGAGGCGUUGAACGGGGGUCUGUCAGAGUCCCUGGCACAGAGUCCGACCACCGUCUCGCCCGAAGUGCGGGCUAAAUUGGUCAGGCCGAAGAAUCUCGUGGAACGAGCCAGGAUGAACGUCGCCUGGCUCGAUUCGUCCCUGUCGAUCAUGGAACAAGGCAUCCGCGAAUUCGACACUCUACGGUUGAAAUUCAAGUUCUACUCGUUCUACGAUCUGAAUCCGAAAACGGACGCCGUCAGGAUCAACAUGAUUUACGAGCAGGCCAAGUGGCAGCUGCUCGCCGAGGAGAUUGACUGCACCGAGGAGGAGAUGCUCAUGUUUGCCGCUCUUCAGGUGCAGGUGAAUCUUCAGGCCAGCGUGCCGCAGCCGAGUUACGACAGCAACGGCGCCUCUUCUCCCGUCGAGGAUGACAUUGACGCAGCCUUGACGGACCUCCAGGUGACCCUGGAGGGUAGCAACAUCAGUAACGGACCCAGCGACAUCACUCAGGUGCCGGAGCUAUGCGACUACCUGCGCUUCUUGAAGCCCAAACGCUUCACUCUGAAGGCCUUCAAACGCUACUGGGUCACGUGCAGGGACCUUCAACUCAGGUUGUACAAGAGCCGGGAGGAAACCAACAGCGAGUCACCUGCCCACGUGAUCAAUCUGCGUGGUUGCGAGGUCACGCCCGAUGUCCAUCUGUCGCAAGGCCGCUACGGGAUCAGGCUGGAGGUGCCCAGUGCUGAGGGCAUGACCGAGAUGUGGAUCAGAUGCGACAACGAACAACAAUACGCGAAAUGGAUGGCGGCCUGCAGACUAGCGGCCAAAGGACGUUCACUCGCGGACGCGUCUUACGAGAGCGAAGUAAACAGCAUCACGGCUUUCCUGCAAUUGCAGAGGCCCGCUCCUGCGCCUGCGAUCAAUCCGAACUCCUUAGACAUCGUUCCGGACGAUUAUGUUGCCCCUAGAUUCGUGAAGAAGUUCAAAGGAAAAUUGGUUCAGAGGAUCUUGGAGGCACACGCGAACGUCAAGGAUCUCCCGUUGAUCGAGGCUAAACUAAAUUACAUAAAGGCCUGGCAAUCCCUGCCCGAGUACGGUAUUUCGUUGUUCGUGGUCAGAUUCACUGGGAAGAGCAAGGACGAGUUAUUGGGUAUCGCUAACAAUAGGUUGAUGCGAAUGGAGCUUCACAGCGGUGAUCACUUAAAAACUUGGCGACUGAAUACGAUAAAGGCAUGGAACGUGAACUGGGAGAUGAAGCACAUGAUGGUACAAUUCGAGGACGAAAAUAUCGUCUUCGAGUGCCAGUCAGCUGACUGCAAGGUCGUCCACGAGUUCAUCGGGGGUUACAUAUUUUUGUUCAUGCGAUCGAAGGAAGCGAAUCAAACGUUGAACGAGGAGAUGUUCCACAAAUUGACCGGAGGAUGGGUUUAAAACGGCGAUGGUCAAAGCACCCAUAGGAGAGUUCACGGGUGCCUAUGUGUAGAAAGGGAAGGACUUCUGACAAUCAAACGAAUGCAUGCGCCCAAUCUCGAAUGCGCUUGUGGGCGCAGCUGCCUAAAAUCUCUUAAAAUAUGUAGAUGAAGCGUAUUUUGCCUUGAUCUGAAAGAAUAACGCGACACGUUGGCUGAUAUUUUGUAAAAAUACUUAAAUUUAUAGACGAUCUUAUGUUAUAUUGUAUUUUGUAAAUAGAAAAUUGUAUCGCCUGUGUACAACUGCCUGUCUCGCUCGUGAAGGGCGCGACUUUUUAUCUCGCGUUAGGAAAUAACCCGUUUUUAGCGAAUUUAUCGUUCUUUCGGCAUGCAAUCUUCUGGGAGUGAUUAAUCACAGCCUGUGAAGAUAAUAUGCGCGAAAUGAUACACGACUUGUAUAUGAAGUGUUUUCAUCCACGAAAGCCUCCAUAAUGGAAUACAAAUGUAAUUGUAUUUUGUAACGAUGAGAAACACGCACAACACAAUCGACCCGAACAGUAAACCGCGCCCUUUUGUACACGCGACGCCGUUGAUUAAGGUCACGAACGAAUAUUUUUACAGCAACGAGCACGUUUUUUGAGCCACCCUGUAGACUCAAACUUCUUUUUUUUCUAGAUCGCCAAGUCGAUCUCUCUCAGAAAAAUACGUGUAUUUUUAACAUCACCAGGUGCUACGCCGGGAGAGAUCGACCGGGGCGAAAUAUCGAAUCGUGUAAAUUAUUUGUUGUUUUAAUGUAAACUAUAUAUAUUAAAAAAUAUUUACUUGUAAUGUUA